AUGAAAAGAAAAUCAGUACAUUGAACGCAGCGAAUUUUUGGAUGGAAACACGGAGGAGGGGCUCUCUUGCAGUGCGAUUUCGUUUCGCUUCCUGGGAAUACUGUCGUUGAAGGAGGUGUGGGUACUGUAAUUAUGAACAAGAAGCCUCGCAAUGUGAUUUUUGGCUCGCUCGAGAAAUAUCGGUUACGUGAGGCGCGAGAUUUGAAUUUCGAG